ACUGUGCAGAGCAUCCCUCAGUGUCUCUCCUCCAGAAGUCUCCGUCCUCUCCAGUCAGCUGCCACGCUACAGGUUUCUACCCUGACAGAGCCAUGAUGUUCUGGAGGAAAGAUGGAGAGGAGCUUCAUGAGGACGUGGACCUCGGAGAGAUCCUCCCCAACCACGAUGGAUCCUUCCAGAUGAGUGUAGACCUGGACCUUUCAUCAGUCCCAGCUGAAGACUGGAGGAGGUACGACUGUGUGUUUCAGCUCUCUGGUGUGGAGGACGACAUCGUCACCAAACUGGACAAAGCAGAGAUCAGGACCAACAGAGAAGAGCCCAGUAACAUGACUAUCCCCAUUACUUCUGCACUGGUUGUUGUUGAGGUUGCUGCCGUUUUCAUUGCUGCUAUUGGGUUUGCUGUUUACAAAAAGAAGAAAGCCAUACGCCCUCCAUCUCCUGACAACAGUGUUGAGCUCUCUGAGAAACUGAAUCCAGAAUCUAAAUGAUAAACUCAUGAAUAU